UGGUCAUCAGCUCCAGACCUCACCGCUCUGGACCUCACCCCUCCGAACCUCACUUACGUUCUAGAACUUUAUCACUGGGAUGGCAGAGGCAGAUUCUAGAAGUAAGAGCCUAUUCCCUGCUGGAGCCAGGACAGGCUCUGGGAGACCGUAUUUUGAGGGCUAGGGCGGCCCUGGUGGCCAAGUGGGAAACUGCAGCCUCCAUCCUGGGGUCCCAACCAGAGCUUCUCCAGCCUUCAGUCCCUCCUCAGACACCCUGUGUGGGUGCAGGGAUGCUAAGUGACCACCAUGGAGAACCUUAAACACAAAACGUGGCCUCUGGGGUUCGAGCCAGACCCCGCCCCCAGUCCACCAACCCCCUCUCAGCCUGUUUCCCCAGCUUGGAGCUGAGCCAACGACAGCCACGAUCUUUUCGGGUCCCGGGACCCACGAACAUGAGGCCGGCCUGCAUGAGACGUUCAGUAACAGCAGUUGUCACCCUCAGUUACAAGCGGGAGAGGGGCGGGAACUUCAGAGGGCCAGACGCAGGCUGCUCCAGCUCCCCUUGCGCCAGCCCCCUGCCAAGCCAGAAAAGCUCAAGGUUUCAAUUCACCGCAAACAACCUACCUUUUUCCUGGCAAAUUGAAACUGAAAGCCCAAACCGUUUUUUGCCUACGGAUGCCCCAUUCAAGCCUCUAGGUCGGAGGAUUGUCUCGGAACGUGUCAUUGGUCGGGACGGCCCCUAUGUUAAUAAGGGGGUAGCCCCAGCCGGUAGAAGGUCCCAACGUCCUACUUCCUGCCCAAACUCCCUACAUCCAGGGGCAGAUCUAGAUGGCACCAACUUUUUACCAUCAUUGGCCUGAGCUCGUGACUGAAAAAUCAGGGUCAAUGGUGCAAAGUCAGUGGUGGGGGUGGAAGUGGCUGAGCAUUGUCCUGACCUUGCCUCUGUUGGUGGCCGUGAUCAUCUUUGCUGUCCAAGCCCAAAGCAAAGCCUGCAAGGAGGGCCUUUUAGCAGAGCAGGAGUGUCGCAAUGUCACCCGCCUCUUGGAACUCCAGCUAGCCCAAACCCGGCAACACUUACUGGGGGCGAUGGACGAGGCUGCCACCUGCAACCAGACCGUGGUGAACCUUUCUGCUUCCCUGGAAAUGGAGAAGGCCCAGAGUCUGGAGCAGCUCACCAGAAGAGAGGAGCUUCAGAGAGAGGUUGAGAAAUUGAAGGAGAAGCUGCAGGGCGCUUUCGAGGAGGUGGAACGACUAAGAAAAGAGAAGGAGGCCUGGAGCAAGGAAGGGGAAACCAGCUUCAGCAGCUCCUCGAAAUCACUCGGCCCCUUGAUGGUCCUCAUGUGCCUGUUCCUGGGCCUCACUGCUCUGCUGGCCUGAGGCCUGCUGCCCUUCUGGAAUCCCAGCUAUCGUCCAAGCCACUUCCUGCUGUCGCCCUGGGGUGGGGACCUUUGUGUUUGUGGGUACUGUUGACUUCUGAGCGGGAUUGGGCUCUACGGAGGACGAGGACACGCUACCCCGGGUGCUACAGGAUCCUGAGCAACUUCCCUGGCCUCAGGGCACCUGAUGCCUGUACCCCUACCGCCCCCCGACAUUGUGACAAUAAAAAAAUACCACAGACA